UAGAAUGUGUGAUAAAAACAAAUAUUUGAAAGUUUUCUUCGCUUUUGUGCAUUUAUUCCUGAUAAAUAUGCACACGACUACUUGCCAGAGUCAGCCAAAUUAUGAGAAUAUAUAUAACCACUAUGCUGCAGCCUGUGGAUUGCAUUUUUGUGAUGCUUCAAUGAUAACAUUGUCAUAUUUUCAAAACAAUUUAACAAAUCUUGGCUCUGUUUGUCCUGCAUGUCACUGUAAUGAUUGCAUUCUUAAUACAAAUUGUUGUCCUGAUUUUGGAUUACUGCACCACAGAGAGAAAUGUAUGAACGAUGUUAUAUACAAUCCAUACAAUUUGUUAUCAGAUGUUUACUUUUCUGUGAUAGACAAAUGUCCUCCAAACACGCCUCCGAAAAUUAGAAAUCUUUGUGAAAAGGAAACUGAUCUUAUUCAAAAUCUUACACUGGUACCCGUGACGAGUCAGAACAGGACAACGUAUAGGAAUGUUUAUUGUGGUCAAUGUCAUGGUGAAACAGAUUUAGAGUCAUGGACUAUAGACAUAUAUUGUCAAAAAUUUGCAGACUUUAACUUCUUAUCCAGUUUCGCAGAAAUAGCUGAAACAAUAAUGGUUAAAAUGUGCACUGUACGAUAUGUUCAACAGAAUGCCAAUAACAAGGCCCUCCCGUGUAAUAGAAUAACUGAUAAUUUGAUAGAUAGAUGCAACAUGACUGGCACUUGGAGCUCAUAUGACUUGGAUAUCGAUUGGGCAUGCAAUCACUUUCAACUUCCAUUUGAUAAAUACAAAAGUAUAUUUUGUUUAAUGUGUAAUCCUCCGUUGCCAGAUUUGUACAUGGAUAUCAUCUCUACGUGUAAUGUAACUGAUGAUAGCACAAAAGUGCUAGAAAAUGCAUGUGAAAUGUAUCAACAAAGCAGCGUAACGUUUCCGUUCAAAAACAUGUUUUGCUAUCUUUGCAAUAGACAUGACGAUAAAGAUAAGUACAAUGAUAUAAAUGGGUAUAUAAGUAUUUUAUUUGAAGGUGAUAGAAUGGUUUAUAAAAUGGAACAAUUGAUGUUUAGGAACGAUUUCUUGACGCCAUAUCUUUCAUAUCAAAGCGAUAAACCAAACACCGAUUUUAAACUUGGGAAUAGACUAAACAGUACAUACGAAUUUUUCGACGAUGGACGACAAGUUAAUGUGGCUAAUCUUAUGAUUCUAUAUUCAUUAUCAUAUGGACCAAAUUUAUGUGGAAUUUACAAUGCCGGUCCAAAAACGUUGGUACCAUAUUGUUCCUGUGAUGAAACAUGUAUAUCUCAUCAUACUUGUUGUGUCGAUUUUGAAUUAGAUCAGCUCUUGGAUUGCUCGGAUGGAAACAUUGUAUCUGGUAUAUGCCGUUAUACUGAUGAAGGUAUAAAUUCAUAUUGUGAAAGGAGGGGUGAAGCGAUGUAUGAUCUUCCAGUUAGUAGAACUGACACAAAAAAACACUACAAAAAUAUCUUUUGUGCACUUUGUGCAGACAACAAAUUUAAUUUCCCAAUGAGAUUUCCCGUAAAGCCGUUCGCGCAGGAUUUGUUUCAUCCAUGGGACAUUGAAAUAACAUGCGCAAUAUUCAAUCUACUUCCGAUAUAUUAUCAGCUCUCUAUGACAGACAUCUUUAAAUCUGCUACUAGAAGAAAUUGUGAUAUUACAUUCAAACCAGCGCGAGGAAAAGCUGCUGUGUGUGAUGACAAGACAAUCAUGAUAAAAUCAUGCAAUGUAUCGGGUACAUGGUUACAUCUUGAUGCUGAUGUGUUAUGGGCUUGUGAAAAACUAAACACAACAUUUAUGACAAAUUUCAGAGGAUUUCGAAACGUAUUUUGUACAUUAUGCAAUCCGGGCGUACCACUACAGCCUAUUCCACCACCAACAACAACGACUGAAACUAUAAAUUGGGAUCCAAUUACAUGCAUUUUGUGUAUAAACAGUGAUGGUGUUGUAACCACGUUUAGAGCAUUAUUUCAAAUAUCGAACGACGACGACGAAAAAGUAACUGAGUGCACUAGAGGACAGGUCUUGGAUACUUUACAUGUAAGUUAA